GAAAUGCCUGGGGACCCCGCGGUGACCGGACACUCCCAGGGGCUGCCCGGGCCUUCUCCACGUGGCCACGCCAGGAGGGCCAGGCGGCUGCUCUUCCCCAGAGAAGUGGCUGGCGGUGCCCAGGGCAGGAGGCGGCAGGAGGAGGCGGAGUGGCGACUCAGCCCUCUGAGUAACAUGUCCAAUGCCUUGGCCAAUGCCGUGUGCCAGCGCUGCCAGGCCCGCUUCGCCCCCGCCGAGCGGAUUGUCAACAGCAACGGAGAGCUGUACCACGAGCACUGCUUCGUGUGCGCCCAAUGCUUCCGGCCCUUCCCCGAGGGGCUCUUCUACGAGCUCGAAGGGCGGAAGUACUGCGAACACGACUUCCAGAUGCUGUUCGCUCCGUGCUGCAGGACCUGCGGCGAGUUCAUCAUCGGCCGCGUCAUCAAGGCCAUGAACAACAACUGGCACCCCGGGUGCUUCCGCUGCGAGCUGUGCGACGUGGAGCUGGCCGACCUGGGCUUCGUGAAGAACGCCGGCAGGCACCUGUGCCGACCCUGCCACAACCGUGAGAAGGCCAAGGGCCUGGGCAAGUACAUCUGUCAGCGCUGCCACCUGGUCAUCGACGAGCAGCCCCUCAUGUUCAGGAAUGAUGCCCACCACCCGGACCACUUCAGCUGCACCCACUGCGGGAAGGAGCUGACUGCAGAGGCCCGCGAGCUGAAGGGCGAGCUCUACUGCCUGCCCUGCCAUGACAAGAUGGGUGUCCCCAUCUGUGGGGCCUGCCGCCGGCCCAUCGAGGGCCGUGUGGUCAACGCGCUGGGCAAGCAGUGGCACGUGGAGCACUUUGUCUGCGCCAAGUGUGAGAAGCCGUUCCUGGGCCACCGGCACUAUGAGAAGAAGGGCCUGGCCUACUGUGAGACCCACUACAACCAGCUCUUCGGGGACGUCUGCUACACCUGCAGCCACGUGAUCGAGGGCGAUGUGGUGUCGGCCCUCAACAAGGCCUGGUGUGUGCACUGCUUCUCCUGUUCCACCUGCAACAGCCGGCUCACCCUGAAGAACAAGUUCGUGGAGUUCGACAUGAAGCCCGUGUGUAAGAGGUGCUACGAGAAGUUCCCGCUGGAGCUGAAGAAGCGGCUGAAGAAGCUGUCGGAGCUGGCAGCCCGCAGGGCGCAGCCCAAGUCCGCGGGCCUCCAGCCCGCCUGAGAGGCCCGCCCGCCGCCCGCUCCCGGCCCGUCGUCCUCCUGCCCCCCGCGGCUUCGCUGCCCGCCCCCGCUGCCCGAACCUGUGGCCUCCCCCUGCCCGUCUCUCUGCUCAGCAUCUUCUUCCUCCCCGCCACAAGGCGUCCCGUCCCUCCCCGCCCUCCUUCCACGAGGCCAGAGGCCACGGGGCAGGGGCCUGGGCGUGGCAAGCCUGUGACAGGUCCUCGUCCACAGCCUCAGCCCGAGGUCUUCCAGGGACAGAAGUAGGGCCAGGGUCACCUGGGCCGGCCUGUCCUGACCUGUUCCAUCCCCGCAGGAGGCCUCGUGGCUCACAUGCUGUGGCAGCUUGGCCAGCCUCCGCCCCCCGUGGCACGGGUGUAGCCCACGGCCAGGCGGCCGCCCGGACCCCAGGGCCACGUGGGUGGGCGCCCCCGGGGAACCACCCUGCGGUCCCCCAACCACGCACGCGCUCAGCCAAGCAGGAGCCUCGUGCCCAGACCGGGCCGGCAAGUCCUGUUCCUUCAGCCCAUGCAGCAGCAGGAGGGCCCCGCUCACCCGCCGCCAGGGCACGCGCUGACUCCCUGGGUACGACCUGGGGCCAUGAGGUGGUGGGCUCUGGUGGGCGGCUCGUUCCUGCCCUCCGGGGAGGACAGCGUGGGACCCUGGUGUUGGGACUUGCACUUGCACAACGAAUGAAGGCUUCUCUACACGA